AUGGCAAACCAAACUGAAAACCAAUGUUUCCAAGCUGACACAAAAUUUGAUACUCCACUGGCAAAGCCGUUUAUCACAUUCCCACCUGAAGCUUCAACUGAAAUUAAUCAAAAAUCAAUAAAAAUCCCACAAAAUUCUUACUAUCAAAAAUGAAGGCUGUCAGAUAAAGUUUUUGAUGGACGUUUCUCCUCAGGCUGCUCAACACCUAUGACCCCUCGUACGCCAGCAACCAAUCUUGACCGACUACUCAGAGAAAUUCAAAUGCCGUCUAUAAAAUCUGAGCAUAAAAAUUUCGAAGACCGCCAUUUUAUGAAUAAAGAAAAAUCUUGGUUCAAUAUGCCAGAAGCACCAAUUUCUCAGCAAAAUUCUGUAGAAGAGCUAGAGGUAUGUAGAUAUAAUCACGAUUUUAUUCAAGAAUCCUUAUUAGGAAGUGGGAAUUUUGGCUCUGUAUAUAAAUGCUUAAAUAAACUUGAUGGACUGCAUUAUGCAGUUAAACAAAUAAAAACCAAUUAUCGGCACCAAAAUAUGCGAAAUACUGCUUUACAAGAAGCUUAUGCUUUGGCUACAAGUUCUACCUAUGGAGAUAUAGCCUUAUUACUCAUAUUCUUAGGUUAUACAAUAUAUUGCCAAAAGGAGUUACAUUAUAUUCUAGAUUUUUAAUUUCUCUUUGGCCACAUAGAAGCGCAAAAUUGUGCAGCCUAAGGUACAAAUAAAGCCAUAUAAGCUCUCAAGCUAUAUAACACUAAUAUCAUACGCUACCACUCAGUUUGGAUUGAGCAUGAUUUUCUCUACAUUUCAAUGGAGCUUUGUGAGUGUUCUUUAUCUCAGUACAUUCAGAAAAAUCCACCAUCAGAAAAUACCAUAAGGAAAAUAAUGAGAGAUAUAUGCAAAGGACUCAAGAAAAUCCAUGCUAAUAACAUUGUGCAUAUGGAUAUUAAGGCUGAUAAUAUUUUUUAUAGCUUUUCUGGAAAGUUUAAACUCGGAGAUUUAGGCUUGGCAAGAAUAACUACAAAUCUGACAGGAGAAAUCCCAGAAGGAGAUGCUAGGUAUUUGGCAUCAGAAGUCCUUAUGCACCAUGAAGAAGAUAGUGAGCAUAUCCCAGAUUUGACGAAAUCUGAUAUUUUUUCAUUAGGGGCGACUAUUUAUGAAAUUAUGAGAGGAAAACAGUUGCCGAUGAAUGGGAAAGAAUGGCAUGAUAUACCAGUUUAUAAUAAAUAUAAAUAAUAUAUAAAAAUAGGCUUCUUUUUAUUAUAAUUAGAAUAUAAGAAAUGGGGAAUUAAAAUUUGUUAAUGAUUUUUCAUGGGAAUUAAAGGAGGCUAUUAGAAAAAUGAUGAAUAAAAGUCCUGAAAUUCGGCCUAGCGCUGAAGAGCUUUUAGCGACGUUUCUUGUGUCAGAUAAAGAUAGAGAAAUUAAAAGACUGGAAAAUUAUACAAAAGUAUUAAAAAGACAAAUAGAAGAACUUAAACAUUGUGAAGGAAAUAAAAAGAGAAAGCUUUCUCUUUGAGAAGUCAGCAAUUAA